AUUUGACAGUUGUCAUUUAUUGUUUUUUCAAACAUAAAUAACAAUUAUAAUUCAAUUAAUUAUUAAAUAAAGUUAAUUAUUAUUGUUUUUUUUUAUAUUGUUUGCUUCAUAAACGAAUUAUUCUAAUAUAUAAAUAUAAUAGUGAAGUGUGAUAAUAUUUUUCUCAACAAUUGUCAAUUAUAACCUUUUUUCAAUUUCUAAUGAUUAUUUGCAAAAAUAAAGAAAAUGAAUUGAAAAAUUUGCAAAUAGAAACAAAAAAAAAAAAAAAAUGCAAGUGAAAUCAAAUAUGCUCGAGUGUGAUAAAUAUUAAACAGGGGGAAAAAUGUCUUGGAACAAAUACAGAGAGAGGCGUCCAAGUCCAGAGGUCUCGAUAAACGACAGCAAAGACUCGAGUUUAAAUGAUGAAACACAUCAAGAGGAAAAUGUUUCCGAAAGAUCUUUAAGGACAAAUCGUGAAAGAUGGUUGGAAGAUCCAGAACCUGUGGAAAGGCGUCUAAAAAUGAAGCAAAACGAUUGUGUACCAUUUUUGGUACAAUUAAUUCAUUCACGCGAUCAAAGUCCCGACGUAAGAGAGGGUGCAUCGAGCGCUUUAAGAAAUGUAAUUCAUGCAUUUGACGAUAAGAAAAAUCGUGAAAAAGAUAUAUUCGAAUUACUCGAACAAUUGCGUGACUAUUCAGAAAUGUUAAAAUUAACAAUAAAUACAGGUUGUUAUGGAAGGGAGAAUCUCAAUAAACAUCCAAAUAAACAAAUGACAACACUAAUGAAAUUAUCAUUUAAAGAAAAUUAUCAUCGUGUCAUUUGUUAUCUUGGUGGUUUACAAACAAUAGCCGAAUUAAUAGAAUGUGAACAUGCAGCACAUGGUUCAGAGACAAAUGAUUCUGAAUGUAUAACAUUGCGUCGCGAUUCAGGUAUGACAUUGGCAAGUUUAAUUGUUGGCGAUACAAAUAAUAAAGCACUUUUAUGUUCGUUUCGUGAUUUUAUUAAAGUUUGGGUCACACAAUUAUUUAGUAAUUGCGAAGAAUUACGACAAGUGACGGCGAGUGUUUUUUGUAAUCUCUCAUGGCGAGCUGAUAAUGAAUCGAAACAAACAUUACGAGAAGCACAAGUUGUAACGGGUUUAAUGAAAGCAGCAAUGCAUUGUCGUAAGGAAUCAUCGUUGAAAACAAUUCUCUCGGCACUUUGGAAUUUAUCAGCACAUUGUGCGGCGAAUAAGGCGGAAAUUUGUGCUGUCGAUGGUGCACUUGCUUUUUUGGUAAAUAUGCUUUGUUAUGAAUCGCCUUCAAAGGGUUUGGCAAUUGCUGAAAAUGCCGGUGGUAUAAUAAGAAAUGUUUCGAGUCACAUUGCAGUGAGGGAGGAUCAUCGUGUGAUAUUGAGGGAGAAAAAUUGUAUACACAUUUUAAUACGUCAUUUAAAAUCCACUAGUUUAACGGUGGUUAGUAAUGCAUGUGGUACACUUUGGAAUUUAUCGGCAUGGUGUUCGAAAGAUCAAAAAACACUUUGGGAAUUGGGUGCAAUUCCAUUGUUACGUAAUUUAACGCAUUCAAAGCAUAAAAUGAUUUCAAUGGGUGCAAAUUCGGCGCUGAGAAAUUUAUUAUCGGCAAAAGGUGUUUGUGACACGAGAAUACGUAAAAAUGAUGAGGAAAAUUUAAGAAAGAAAAAAAAUUAUGAUUAUGAGAGAAAAUUUUUGCCAAUUAAUAAUAAUAAUCAUCGUUCUGUACCAACGGCUUAUAUUGCCAGUGAACCGGGUAAGAAAUUAAAAUUUUGUAUUAAAUUACCAGAUUAUGAUGAAUCUAAAGAAUCAUGGAAUUAUAGACCACGUUUAUGUUCACCAGUUGAUGAAAAUCAGGCAUCAACAUCAAAAUCAUUUUCAAAUUUUAUUAAUUCCGAUGAUGAUAUUGGCGAGCAACCAAUUGAUUAUAGUAAAAAAUAUACAGAGAGAAAUCAAAAAUCAAUGGUGAAAAAAGAAUUUGAUGCGGAUGAUGAUGAUAAAGUGAAUUUAUUUGGUGAUUAUGUUGAAACUGAUCUUGAUCAACCGACGGAUUAUAGUUUACGUUACGCUGAGAACGAUACCGAUGAAGAUGAAACCGAUGAAGAUGAUGAUGAUGAUGAUGAUGAAGAGAAAGAGAAUAAAAUUUUAGGUGAAUAUUUUCCGAGAAAUGAACAAGAGGAUACAGUGAAAACAUAUUGUACUGAGGGUACACCAUAUCAGACGCCAUUUAAUUUUUCCACUGCAACAUCAAUGUCAGAUUUAAGAUGCGAUGAUGGGAGUAUCAAUAAAGAGGGUGGUGGUGAGAAGAAAUUUUCAAAAAAAAUGGAUUUAAGAAAAAAUUCUGAAUUUGUUGUUAAAAAUUCACAAUUUGAUGAAUCGCAAGAAAUGCAAGAGGAGGAAGAGGAGGAGGAGGAGGAGGAUGAAGAAGAGGAGGAAGAGGAAAAACAUUUGGAUGUUAAUUUAACGGAAAAACCAAUUAGUUAUUGUGUUGAGGGAACACCGCAAUGUUUUUCAAGAGUUAGUUCUUUUAGUUCAUUGGGAAGUGCUAUUGUUGCGCAAAAUUUGAGUAUUGAAACUGUGUCUGAGGAGGCAGUUGGCAAUGAUUUGACGACGGAUAAUAUUGAUCAACAAGAUGUUAAUGAUGAGCCAACGAAUGAAAAAAAUAAUUCUAUCGCUUGUGUGGAACGUGAAAAAAAUGAUAAAGAAGGAAAAAUGGUGACAUUUGGAAGGGAGGAUCAUUACGCAGAACAAACGCCGCUAAUGUUUUCGCGAUGUAGUUCCUUGGGUUCUCUAAGUGGUUUUGAGCAACAUUCAAUUCGAGAUGAUCUCAGUUCUGGAAUUAGUGAUUUUAGUCGAAUGACAAGCGGUGUUGUUUCGCCGAGUGAAUUACCUGAUUCACCAACACAAACUGUUCCACCGAGUCCUCGACAUAAACAUCAACAUCAUUCAGAAUUUGGAAGAAAAUUGCAAAAUGAAUCACGUCACAAUAGUUUCCAAACAUCAUCAUGUAGUAAAAUGCAAUCGACGAAAAGAAGUGUCUUUGAGGAUGAGAUGGCUGCAUUUAAAGAUGAAUCGACGCCUCUUGAAUUCUCAGCGGCCACGAGUCUUAGUUCCUUGACUAUUGAUGACGAACCAAAAUUACCUAAAUUUAGAAUAAUAGAAAAAAGAUCUAUUGUUCCUGAUAUUGUUGAAUGUACAGGAAAUUCAGAGGAAAAUUCACAAUUAUUGGAUAAAAAAUUAAAUCAACCCGACAAUUGUAAAGAGAAUGAGACUCUUUCCAACGAAAGAUACGCAACAAAUGAGGAAAAUUCAAUAAAAUUAUCGCCGUCCUCGUGUAAUUUACGAAGAUACGAGACAAGUUUCACAUUAGAUAGAUUGGAUUCGGCAUUUAAACGCGGUGGACAAUUUGUUUCAUUGCGUAAAGUUGAUGUUAUCGAUGCAUUAGAUUCAGUACAUAUUUAUUGUACCGAGGACACGCCCGAUGGUUCAAUUUCAAAUUUAUCAGCACUCUCAAUGCCAAGUAUUCCCGAUGACAAUGAAAAUAUUGAUCACAAUAAAUUAUUAUACCUGGCAAAUCAAAGGAAUAAAUCAUCAUCGUCAUCAUCAUCAUCAUCAUCAUCAUCAUCAUCAGACGCAGUUUCAAAUUCAUCUGUCGAUAAUGAAAUUAAUUUACGCGAACAAGUCGAUUCUGUACAAACAAAGAAAAAAGUUCCACCUCAGAAUUCAGCGCAGAAUUCAUCACUUGAAGUUCCUUCGAAUAGUUGUAAUAAUUCGGCAAAUUCUUUGCUUCGUGAUCAAUCGUUUAAAGUUGAAAGAACAACGCCUGAACCCUCUGACGAUAGUGUCAGUCUCACAGAGGAGGAAAAUAAUAAAUUGGAUCAAUUAAUUGAAUCCGCUAUGCCAAAGAGACGUUUAAAUGAUUCAUCGUCGCUUGCAACUUCGGAACAAAAUCUCGAGAGAUCAUCAUCGCCAGUUCCCUCAGUUGGAAGUAAUAGUUUUAUCGAGGAGGAAACUAAUAAUAAAUUAACGCAACUAAUUGAAACUUCAUCAGUUCCGUCUUCGCCAAAAUUAAUUAACAUACGAGCAUCGAAUUCAAAUUUGCAACAAACUUGUAAAAUUGACAACUCAUCUGUAUUAUUUAAGGAGAAUUCAUUUAUUGAUGAUAAAAUUAGUGCACACGAUAUAUUAAUCUUGGAAUCGGAGCUGAGACAUUUCAAUAUUCAUUCGAAUUCACAUUCAUUGAGAUCGUCGUCGCCAAUUGCAAACGAAUUUUAUCGAUCGAAUCCCUGUGGAAGAUCAUCGUCGCCAACAACUUUAAUGCCAGCGAAUUCGCGAAAAGAAAAUUCUUCGCCUACACCAUCGGAUGAUAGUAACAGUCUCACCGAAGAGGAAAAUAUUAAACUCGAUCAAUUAAUUGAAUCCGCGAUGCCAAAGAGACAAAAUACUCUAUCGCCAUCGCCAAGAUCGAAUUCACCGAAAUUAGUCAUCAGCAAAUCAAACUAUAAUUCGCCCUCGAGAAAAAUUCACUCGUCGAGUCAAUCGGAAAUUUUAUUAAGAACCGAAAUGGAUUUUCCCGAGGACGAAAAUAGUCGAUUGAAUCAAUUAAUUGAAGCUGGAAUGCCGAAAAAAAAAUUGAGCGUUUCAUCGAGAUCGUCACCAAUUAAUGUUCGUUCAAGAACAACAAAUUCGUACAAUGAUCAAUCAUCGCUUCCAUUAAUUCCCCAACAAACGUACAAAGCACGAGUGAAUCGCGAUUCAUUCAAUGAUUUUGCCAUUCAUAAAGAGAGACUCGAUCAUCUUAUUCAAUCUGGAAAUCCAAAGAAACGAGGAAAUGGACCUAAAAUAUCACCGACAAAAGUGACGGACAGAUCGAAUAAAUUAAAUUCACAUGGUCGUCCUUAUCAUUCAAAUCGGCAAAACUUUUUCCGAGGCGAUCGAAUAAAACCAGAACCGGAAGACGAUACAUUAAGUUUGACUGAGGAGGAUAAUAUGAAAUUGGAUCAAUUAAUAGAAUCUGCGAUGCCAAAGAAACAGUCUCAAUCAUUUCACCGUGGUUCUUCGGGAAGAGUAUUGGACGAUAUUCCAGCCAAUAGAAUGCUUCCCUAUGGCUGUUCAUCACCGCCGUCAUUUCGGCAAAAUUCUUUAAAAACCGGAAGAAUGAAAAGCGAACAAAAUGAAAAUAGAAACAGUUUAACUGAGGAGGAAAAUUUAAGACUCGAUGAAUUAAUUGAAUCCGCAAUGCCGAAGAAACGAAAUUCUUCUCUGAAGACGACGACGUCAUCAACGACGUCGUCAUCGUCAUCAAAAAUUCCCGAGAAUAUUUCUUCACAUAGAACAAAUUCAUGUGUUCGCACUGCAAAUCCAUCAUUGCGACGUCAUGCCUAUGGAAAUGUUGGCAAAUGGAAAUAUUAUAAAAGAUUGAGUUUUUCACGAAUUCUUCGAUUUAUUCGCGAAAGUUAUCCCUGAUAAUAAAUUCAAUAUUUUCUCCUGCGAAGAAAAUCAAAAAAAAAAAAAAAUGAAUUUUUAUGUGAUCAGUGCAAUUAGAUAUAAGAAAGUAAGACAAAAAAAAAAAUACUGAACGAGCUUAUUAAAACGAAUUAUUUUCAUGAAUAAUAAUAAUAAUAACGAUGAUAAAUAUUAAUUCACGGAAAUUACAGGAUAAAAUCAAAGACUGAUAGAGAAAGUUUAUAAUAAUGCAUUUUUAGGCGAAAUGUGUAAUUUAUAAUUCUAUAGAUGUCUUUUUUUUGGAACUUUUUAAUUUGUAACAAUUAUAAUAAUGUUAAUAAUUAAUAAUAAUAUUAACAA